UCUGAAGUUUGUUGUGACCGGCGUCUCGGACGUCCGCAGGGCACUACCAUGGCGGUGCGACAGGCGCUGGGCCGGGGCCUGCAGCUGGGUCGAGCGCUGCUGCUGCGCUUCACCGCCAAGCCUGGCCCGGCCUACGGCUGGGGGCGGCCCGGCCCCGCGGGCGUCCGGGGCCGCGGAGAGCGCCCGGGCCAGGCCGCAGGACCCGUGGCGGAGCCGCGCAGGCUCGGGCUCGGGCUCCCCGACCGCUACCGCUUCUUCCGCCAGUCGGUGGCGGGGCUGGCGGCGCGGCUGCAGCGGCAGUUGGUGGUGCGAGCCCGUGGCGGCGCGGGUCCUUGCGGCCGUGCAGUCUUUCUGGCCUUCGGGCUGGGGCUGGGCCUGAUCGAGGAGAAGCAGGCGGAGGGCCGGAGGGCGGCCUCGGCCUGUCAGGAGAUCCAGGCGGUCUUCACACAGAAAAGCAAGCUGCCCCCUGACCUGCUGGACUCCAGACGCUGGCGGGGCUUCCAGCUGGACGAGUACCUGAUAGGGCAGUCCCUCGGCAAGGGCUGCAGUGCUGCUGUGUACGAAGCCGCCAUGCCUGUGCGGCCCCGGAGCCGGGAGGAGGCAAAGAGCGCGGGGCUCCUUCCCGAGAGAGGCCCGGACAUCACCCGGCCGGGAGCAGAGAAGGGGCGCGCUCCCCAGGCCCCCGCCUUUCCCUUGGCCAUCAAGAUGAUGUGGAACAUCUCGGCCGGCUCCUCCAGCGAAGCCAUCUUGAGCGAGAUGGGCCGAGAGCUGGUCCCAGCCAGCCGGACGGCCCUGGCCGGGGAGUACGGAGCAGUCACUCACAGAAAACCCACGAGCGGGCCCAAGCAACUGGCCCCUCACCCCAACGUCAUCCGGGUCUUCCGCGCCUUCACCUCGUCUGUGCCGCUGCUGCCGGGGGCCCUGGCCGACUACCCGGAUGUGCUGCCCCCACGCCUUAACCCCGGGGGCCUGGGCCACGGGCGGACGCUGUUCCUCGUCAUGAAGAACUACCCCUGCACCCUGCGCCAGUACCUCCGCGAGAACACCCCCAGCCCCCGCCUCGCCGCCGUGAUGCUGCUGCAGCUCCUGGAAGGCGUGGACCAUCUGGUUCAGCAGGGCGUGGCCCACAGAGACCUCAAGUCCGACAACAUCCUCGUGGAGCUGGACACAGACGGCUGCCCCUGGCUGGUGAUCUCGGACUUCGGCUGCUGCCUGGCUGACGAGCGCGUCGGCCUGCAGCUGCCCUUCCCCAGCUGGUACGUGGACCUGGGCGGCAACAGCAGCCUGAUGGCUCCCGAGGUGGCCACGGCCUGCCCUGGCCCCAGGACCGUGGUCGACUACAGCAAGGCUGACGCCUGGGCCGUGGGCGCCCUCGCCUACGAAAUCUUCGGGCUCGCCAACCCCUUCUACGGCCGGGGCGGGGUCCACCUCGAAAGCCGCAGCUACCAAGAGGCUCAGCUGCCUGCACUGCCCGAGUCGGUGCCGCUGGGUGUGAGACAGCUGGUGAGGUCGCUGCUCCAGCGGGAUGCCAGCAAGAGACCGUCUGCCCGCGUAGCUGCUAACGUGCUUCACUUGAGCCUCUGGGGCGAACACACCCUGGCCCUGAAGAACCCGAAACUAGACGAGAUGAUCGGCUGGCUCCUCCAGCAGUCGGCGGCCACUCUGUUGGCCGACAGGCUUGCGGAGAAGAGCUGCGUGGAGACAAAAAUGAAGAUGUUAUUUCUGGCCAACCUGGAGUACGAGGCGCUGUGCCAGGCAGCCCUCCUCCUGGACUCCUGGAGGGCAGCCCCGUGACGGCCGAUGUGGCGGGCGAAUCACUAAAGAGCUUGGCAGCACCUAUGUCGUGAUGGUCUGUGCAUGCUGAGGGAGGGGUCCGCGGGGAGGGGAGGAGUCGGGGGGAAAGACUGUGCAGAGGGGGCUGCUCGGGGGGAGAGAUGGCUUCUGGUGUGGCAGAUGGGAGGAACGAGUUGAGUGGAGUUCGAGGUCUGUCGCUGUUAACUCUAGCCGUGCGACUUUGGAGGGUCGUACAACCUGCGUGGUCUGAGGUCCUCGUCCCUGUAAAUGAAGGAACUGGCGGAGACGGGGGUCGGCAGACUUCCCCUCUAGAGGGCCUGGUGGUCCACACCCCAGCUGUCAGGGCUGCCCAGCUCUCCACAUAGCACACUAGCAGUCUCAGAUACGCAAACGAGCAAGUGUGGCUGUGUGCUGGUAAUUAGGCUGGUUUUUGGACACUGAAAUGUGAAUUUCAUGUGUCAAAUAGCCUUAAUUUUAAAAAACCAUUUAAAAACGUAAAAACCAUGUUUUGCUUGCAGGCCAUAGAAAAAAUAGGCAGCAGGCUGGCUGGCCCUCAGGCUGUAGUUUGCUGACCCCGGGCCUAGCUGAGUUCAAGCGUCUCACUCCAAAGGAGCGCUGACUGGUCCCUGGCCUCUCUGUGCAUGCAUGCCCCAAGUCCACAGGGAGGCGUUCCCUGCACCAGGUGAGAAGACACACUCAGGUGUUAACUGCCGACCACAAAGCCCUGCCUUAGCUCACCUUCCUCUGAGGAUCUCGUGGCAGAGCUGGGCCGUCAGAUGAGGCUGGGCCAAGGGGGGCUGGACCUGCACCCCACUUUAGAGAGGAUCCCGGCCAAGGCGGUGCUGGUGGGGGCGUGUUACCUGAGCUAAAGCAAACACCUGCACAGGUCAGCAGGGCCAGGUGUCAGGAUGGAUAACGGCGCAGGCCUGAGCAGCAGGGCGCUCUGCACGGCCGCUGUGCGUCCCGAACGGGCCGGGAGUUUCUGAGCGGGCAUGUCCAGGGGCUCCUCCGGCCGCUGAGCGGGGUCUAGCAGAGCUGAGACACAGACGCCGUGGGAAUUAACAGUGUAGUGUUUCGUGCUCGCCAGCUUCCUUCUGACAGCGUUUCUCACAGGGACUGCGAAGAAUUAAACGCGCAUUUACAACCGCAGAGUA